AACAAAUUCCAAAUACAAACUGUGACGUUUUCCACCGCGAUUACGUCAUCCGAGUUCUUUUUUUCAAACCGAACGAGUUAUCGCCGAUUUAAUUGACGUUCGAUAUUUAUUUACGUUUGUGCCGAUAAAAAAAGAAACAUUUUAUUUCAACUGUCAGUGACAUUUAAAUGGAGUUCAGUGCGUACCGUGUUUUGUCAACUGAAAAACUAUAAGUGAGAAACGGUAAUGAUGAGAUUAAGAAGAAAACAAGUGGUGUUGCCAACAUGAAAAAGCUACGAACUAAUUGGGACAGACACAGAAUGCGUGAGAUAUUCCCGGUGGCUAUAGUUUUCUUGCUGUUCUUUUUAUUGAAAAUGGCAAGCUCAAGAAACAACAUGCUACCACUACCAAACCACUUGAAGCUCAACUCGGCUCUGACCUGCCGCCUGGUUGGAGGGUUGACCAGAGAACAGAGAGCCGUGUGCCACGAAGCUCCUGAUACAGCAGCUAUAGCGUUCGAGGGUCUACAGUUAGCGGUCAGAGAAUGCCAGCACCAGUUCAGAUGGCACCGGUGGAAUUGUUCCAAUCUCGCUGUUAAGAGUGCUAAUCCACAUGCCAGUUCUAUCAUGAAGAGAGGGAUCCGCGAAGCAGCGUUCCUGUACGCGCUGACAGCGGCGGGGGUGGCGCAUGCGGUGGCCAGGGCGUGUGCGCAGGGCCGCCUGCUCUCUUGUGGAUGUGACCCGCUGGGGUACAGAGCGUCUCACGACCCUCGAGGACGCGCGCGCGGCAACAAGUGGGAGUGGAGCGGUUGCUCGCACAACCUGGCGUACGGCAUGGAGUUCUCCCGGCGGUUUCUGGAUGCGCGGGAGCAGGACGACGACCUCCAGUCCCGGAUCAACGUGCACAACAACAAUGCUGGCAGAUCUAUCCUGUCGUCACAUAUGGAGGUGCGCUGCAAGUGUCACGGCCUCUCCGGGAGCUGUCAGCUGCAGACCUGCUGGCGAGCCACGCCUGACUUCAGGGUCGUCGCAUCUACCAUCAAACGGCAGUAUCGGAAGGCCUUAACGGUAGCUCAAGAGGAGUUAAACGACGGUAUGUCAACGCUUCUGGGGCGCCCCAGAGGCAAGAGGCGCAGCCGCGCGCGCCCAGCACCCAGAACCAGCCUACUGUUCUUUGAAAGAUCCCCAAGUUUCUGCGAGCCAGACCCUCGAACAGACUCACUCGGCACAUCAGGUCGUGUGUGUCGUGUGGGCCGCACGCGCUCUGGCUCCUGUGACGUGCUCUGCUGCGAUAGAGGCCACGCCUUUAUAAGGAAGUCAAGCAUCAAACCGUGCAACUGCACCUUCCACUGGUGCUGCCGAGUCGACUGCCAAAAGUGCCGGGACGAUAAGUGGGUCGCUAUUUGCAAAUGA